AUGAUAGACCGUUUUCGUUCUCCUUUCGAGGUCAGCUGGGCUUUUGACACCGUCAACUCCAUAUCCUGCGCUCGCCUUGUCAAACUGGAUAUAAUCCGUAAGGGUAUCUAUGUAGCCACUAUAAUCCCCGCGCCCGAAGUUCGGACCGAAACCCAGCAAAACAUCGCGACCCUCCAAUCUUUCUACAACCUCGCGAGGCUAGAAGCAGCCCAAUCAUUCCCGGUCCUGAUGACCGCUGCAAGCCGUUUGGAAGCACUCGCGGCCAGCUGCGCGGCGAGCAAGAAAGCCCUACAGUUCCUACGCCUCGCCGGUGAGAAUCGUAUGACCGACACAGACGCGGCAACCCUGCUCCAGCGUACAACGCAACAGAUACUACCAACAUAUAUAAACGAUAAGCUGUCGAGCAUGGCGACCGAAACAGACGCCGCACACAUCAGGGACGCUAUCCACUUUGCGCAAAGCCUACCCAUUUUUUCCGCAGCAGUGAGCAGUGACGAGAGCGACAGCCCAGCGAUCGACAUCUUUAGACGGCUGCGUAACGAAUGGGCCAAGCUGCUACCAGCUAGGACGGAGACGAAGCUCAAUUGA